CACCCAAUUGUCCUCCUUUUAUUGCAUAUACUAGUGUACUUAAGUAUAUUUAACAAUGAACGCCGCCGUUGUUUUUGUUGUUUCAUUCAACAAUGGUUCCCAAACGCCACACGAGUGUCAUUCAGGCGACCCGAUUCCGACCGGGAUUCGAACCAUGGAAGCUUCUUGAGUUCUUUGUGACUGAAGCCGGUGUUUAGGACCAGGAUCUGGACCAGGAUGUUCUGCAGCUUUCACUCGCCCUGGCUCUUGCUGGCUCUGUGGAGUCUCUGUCGGCCCAGCUGGCAGAUCGUAUGGCCCGGCAGCAAGUCCAAGAGCCAGCUGGACCCCAACGUGAAGGACUGGGGAGACUAUUCGGACCUUCCCGCCGGAACGGAGCUAGGACUCGGCUUGGAUGAGGACAGACAACAUGGAGACAAGACCGGAGACUCUGGUCUUGCGUCCGAGUUGGAUUUUCUCUCUGAUUUUGCAGGUAAAAAGCGUCUGUGGGUGAUCACGGCUCCCUCGCACCAGGACCACUACCUGCGCAUGAUGGAGAAGCAGCUGGAGGACAUGGACCAGAAGUUUCUGAACUGCCGCCUGGCAGAGCGAGACACGCUGCUGGUCACCAUCGUGCAGAACGCCAUGAUGGAGGGCAGGAUCCAGAAGACCAGCGCCCAAGGAGACGCCACGGUGGAGACCCUGGACCCCGACACCGUCACCAGACUGCUGCACUACCUGCAGCUCACCCAGGACCAAGCCUUCAACAUGUUGAUCCUGAAAAAAAACCUGCGAGUCAGCGAGCGCUUCCCCUACCCGGUGCGUGUGGCGGCCAUCUUGGAAGUCAUCGACCAGCUGCCCGCCAGGAAGCUGGAGAAGAUCACCAGGAAGGGAUCCAGGAUAAGCUGCGGAGGCGGCCGGAGGAAGGUUGUGGUGAAGAGGAGGAGGAUGAAGAAGAGGAUCACGCCCAGGCCGAGUCACGCCAGCUCAAUGGUCGCCUCGCAGAGGAGGAAAGCCGCCCUGAGGAGCAAGAUCCAGGACAUCCUCAGUGGGAGGUCCAGGUUCGUCAUCUGGAAGGCGCCCAGCACCGGCAGGAAGUCCGGCGGAGGCAAACAGGAAGUGGCGAGGGAGAGGGCGCACGUGUCGGCGGGAAAACAUGAAGAGAAGAACCAAAGGCCUGACACGUCUUUAGCUGAAGGCUCGAACAAGUGGGCGGAGGAGAAGGUCAGAGAAGAAGAGAACAACAACAAGGAAGAGAACAACAACAAGGAAGAAAGAAACAACAAGGAAGAGAAGAACAACAAGGAAGAGAAGAAGGGCAAAGGGAAGAAGGGAAAGAAAGGGAAGAAAAGAAAAGGAAAGAAGUCCAAACAGGAAGUGAGUGAGAAGGACAAAACUGCCUUGAAGGACUUUUUGGAGACUUUCAAGGGCAAACGAAGGUUAAUGCUGAUAUCGACGCCCACCACAGACACAAGCUUGUACGUGCAGCAGCGUGCUGAGAACCAGCAGCAUCACUGCCAGCUGGCGCUCAGGCAGGUUACCGUGGCGACCAUGGUGGGCGACGGCGUGCUGACGCUGCAGCAGCACCAACUUGACUCCGAGCCGCCGUUCAGCGAGGUGGCGAGCGAGCGCUGGUCGGAUCCGCGUCUGAUCUCACUGCUGAGGGCGGAGCUGGGCUUGUCCUCGUCCGACCUGUUCUCCAUGACCAUCACAGACUACGACAUCAAGCCCAACAGAGUGUUUGAAGCCCCGCCUACCAGCCUCGCCAUGUUCCGACACAUCGACCACUUCCCGUCCAGGCGCCCUGAAGAAGAACGAGAGCGGAAAGAUCCUCCGUCAUGUGGGAGGGACGAGCAGCGAGCUGAGGAGGAGGACAUCCUGCUCAGGUUCAUGUCCAGGAGGAGACUGCUGCUGGUGUCCGCUCCGGCCGAGGACGACUACUCGUUACAACAGCAGCUGUCUGCGCUUCACGGACAGGAAUGUCACCUGGGUGUCCGCCACUUCGCCUUGUUGAAGCUGACGGGGGCGGCAGACAAAGCAUCGGGCACGGUGGAGCUCUUUCCCCUCAACGGUCGCAGCCAGAGCCAGGUGGAGCCGCUGGGCCGCCAGGCCGUCAACAACCUGCGGGAGCAGCUGAAGAUCAGCAGGGACUACUUCAGCAUGCUGGUGGUGGGCAAGGACGGAGACGUCAAGGCCUGGUUCCCCUCGCCCAUGUGGACCUUGGACAGCGUCUACGACCUGGUGGACUCCACCGAGUCACGCCUGCGCGAGGAAACGCUGCAGAGGCGGAGCGGGAUUCACUGCUCGGAGGAGCGUUACCACGGAUACGACGAGGAUGGAGCCUAUCAGCAGUCGUAAUGGAUGAGUGACACUUCUGAAUUUGCUACUUUUAUACCUUCCAACCAAAGUCCAUCAUCCAUUAACGUCAAAUCAAACGUUUUCGGUACCCUUUUCAAAAUGUUAAUUUACAAUAAAUAUGCUACUGAUUAGCAUUAGCAAUUUUACACGGCGAUUUCAACACCUCCAAAUAAAAACAACAAACACACGAUAUUACGCAGAAAUGUUUUGUAAAUGUUUAUUUACAUAGAAUUGUUUCCGAAACGGCGUCUGUAACAGGGCAGUAAAACGGCUGAUCCAACAAAACAGAAGUCAUGGUCACGGACCCACUAACUGCCAUUGUAAUUUAAUAAUACUAACACAGACACUUGUAAACGUGUUAGCAUAGUAGCUAAUGCUAAUGACGCUGGCUUCAUUACAUGACGAUAGGAUAGCACGUACAAAUAUGCAUGACAACACUCCUACCGACAUCACACAUGGGACACUUUAGUAAGUGACAAUUGUUUUAGUUAUAUUGUAAAACUUACAAACGUUGCUUGGAUAAUAAUAAUAAUAACAGAUUUUAUUUGUAAAAAGCACUUUACAUUGAGCAAACAACCUCAAAGUGCUACAGUGUAUUAAAAAAAAUACAAAUAAAAAGAUAAUAAAAAUAAAAAGUAGAACAGCCUAAUAGCUAGAACUAGUAUGCAUAUAUCUAAAAAAAAAAUAAAAAAAAAGGUUUUUUUUAAAAAGAAGGGUUUUUAAGCCUUUUUUAAAAGCAUCCACAGUCUGUGGUGCCCUCAGGUGGUCAGGGAGAGUGAUGAAUGAAGAAUCCAUACGAGUAGAAACGCUAUGGAUGGCUAGAAAACAGACCUUAAACAGCAGAAAACACACGUAGACACUCAUGUGACGGUUUAGUAAGUCAAAUGUUUUUAGUUAUAUUGUAAAAUUUACAAACGUCGCUUGGAGUGAUGAAUGAAGAAUCCAUACGAGUAGAAACGCUACGGAUGGCUAGAUGACAGACUUUGAAAAGCAGAAAACACACGCAGGCUUUUGUGUGACGGUUUAGUAAGUAAGAAUAGUUUUAGUUAUAUUGUAAAACUUACAAACGUUGCUUGGAGCGACGUAUGAGGAAUCCAUAGGAGUAGGAACGCUAUGGAUGGCUAGAAAACAUACUUUAAACAACAUAAAACACACGCAGGCAUUCAUGUGACGGUUUUUAGUUAUAUUGUAAAACUUACAAACGUUGCUUGGAGUGAUGAAUGAAGUGUUAGGGUGUGGUGAUGUGGAUCCCAAGGAUGCAGAGACGAGUUUGGGUUUUCAAUUGUUCUUCCUCUUUAUUUGGCGGAAGCACAAGGUAGCAAAACAAAACAAUGGCGAUGGUGGAAAACACAACACACCAUGUAACAAACUACUGAGAGUAAAAAAACACAAAACUAAAGGCGCUAGACAAGGCUAGGAAAAAUAUACUUCAUGAGAGAAGUGAUAAAACAAGGUACCAAAAUAAAACGCUAGACAAGGCUAGGAUCAAACGGGCCAACCUGUGGUGAAAGGUUCGCGACUUAGUGAGUCCUCUUGCACGACCAACCGUUUGGUAGCAAUGGCAAAGUUCCGGCGCUCACCGGCCGUCAGCAGCCAGUUAAAAUAGGCUGCUGCUAAUCAAGCUCAGGUGUGUGCUGCUGCCUUGCGUCAGCUGCACUCCAUACUGUGGAUGAGAGAGAGAGUGAACAUGGUGCAGACAAUAA